AAGAACCACAGACCCAACCCCCUGUAGGAUCAGGUAUUGGCGGCAAAGGGAGAAGUUAAAGGGGAAAGGGACUGGAGACAAAGAUAUCUAGCUUAUGCACUGGGAUCUCUUUUGAAAGAUAAUGAGUGUUCCUGUCAGAAUGAUGUAACGGGAGGUCCAAGUCUGGGGAGACUCGACCAUGGGAGCCAGCACUUCCAGCAAAACGCCAGUGUUCGAUGAAAAUGAGGAUGUCACUUUUGAUCACUUUGAAAUUCUUCGUGCCAUUGGGAAAGGCAGUUUUGGGAAGGUCUGCAUUGUGCAGAAGAACGACACCAAGAAAAUGUAUGCAAUGAAGUACAUGAACAAACAAAAGUGUGUGGAGCGGAACGAAGUGCGAAAUGUCUUCAAAGAACUCCAGAUCAUGCAGGGCCUGGAGCAUCCUUUCCUGGUUAAUUUGUGGUACUCCUUCCAAGAUGAGGAAGACAUGUUCAUGGUGGUGGACCUGUUGCUGGGUGGGGAUCUGCGUUAUCACCUGCAGCAGAAUGUUCGCUUCCAGGAAGACACGGUGAAGCUCUUCAUCUGUGAACUUGCUAUGGCCCUAGACUACCUGCAGAGCCAGCGCAUCAUUCAUAGGGAUAUGAAGCCUGACAAUAUUUUACUUGAUGAACAUGGUCACGUGCACAUCACAGACUUCAACAUCGCUGCCAUGCUGCCCAGGGAGAUGCGGAUCACCACCCUGGCGGGAACCAAGCCUUACAUGGCACCAGAGAUGUUCAACUCCAGAAGAGAAUCAGGCUAUUCCUUUGCUGUUGACUGGUGGUCCCUGGGCGUGACAGCAUACGAGCUGUUGAGAGGACGGCCCUCUUCAUUGGUCCCAUAUUGCUCCACCAAAAUUUCCUCAUUCAAUGUGCCAAUUAUUUUUAUAAUGGCUUAUUCACUUACAAUAAUACUUGCUGGAAGCUGGGUCUGUUUCUGCAUGGCCCAAUGCUUUUGCCGUGCUCUGGAAAGUGAAGCUGAGAUUCUGAAGCAAAGAAGACCAUAUCAUAUCCGCUCCAGUAGUUCUGGCAAGGAAAUUGUGCACAUCUUCGAGAAUGCUAUUGUGACUUACCCGUCUGCCUGGUCCCAGGAAAUGGUGUCGUUGCUUAAGAAGCUACUUGAACCCAAUCCAGACCAACGAUUUUCUCAGUUGUCUGAUGUCCAGAACUUUCCAUAUUUGAAUGACAUUAACUGGGAUGCAGUUUUGCAGAAGAGGCUCAUUCCAGGAUUUAUUCCUAAUAAAGGCAGGCUGAAUUGUGACCCUACCUUUGAACUUGAAGAAAUGAUUUUAGAGUCCAAACCUCUUCACAAGAAAAAGAAGCGUCUAGCAAAGAAGAAGGAGAUGAGAAACUGUGACUCUUCCCAGACCUGCCUUCUUCAGGAGCACCUGGAGAAUGUCCAGAAGGAGUUCGUCAUUUUCAACAGAGAGAAAGUAAGAAGGGCUUUUAUUCAAAGGCAAGCAAAUCUAGCCUUGGAACAAACCAAAGACCCACAAGGAGAGGAUGGAGAGAAUAACAACCUUUGAAGGACCCGGGACUUCUUCUUGCUUCCUCCAGCCGGGGCAUUCUGCUUCUCCGUGUCCAGAGAGCUGACAGGAGCUCUCAGCAUGUAGCACCUUGUAGAAAGUGUGAAGGACUAUCUUUCCACCGAGGCAGCAGGAGACAGUGAAACAGAGUCCGGGGCUGUGCAUCUGGGACCUAGUUCUGCUACUAACUAAUGCUCGACCUUGAACAAGUUACUUGCUCACUUUCUCUGCUUCAAUUAAUUCUUUUAAAAUGAGAGCAUUACAUUAGAUGAGCUCUAGAAUGACUUUUUAGUGCUAAUAUGCUAUUAUUCUAAAUAGCUUUCAUGUUUACUUUAAAUGAACUUUUUCAUGUAGAUUUAUUUUUUCCACUCUUUCUAAUUACACUGUGAUAAAUGGGAAACAUAGCUAUUGAACUGAGUGAGACUCUUCAUGGCUACAAAAUUUCAGAGAGACCCCCUUGCCUGAUUGCAUAAGGAAUUUCAUCAGGAAUGUAUGAAUGAACCUGGGACCAAAGCUACCUAGAUUCAGGAGGGUUUCCAAUAAACUGGUGCCAUCAUGCAGUAGCUAGAAAGAGCCUAUUGUUCACAGCCCUCUCAAUGCCCUCCUGAGUGAUUUGACGUUGGUCGUUUGAAAGUGGUGAUAGUGGAAGUAUUUACACCAUAGAACUCAACCAAUUCUGCAAAGCGGAGUGCCCAACACCACCAAAACCACCACUGGUAUUUGGUUGUUAAGCAUUUGUCAUCAUAUCCCAGGCCUCCUUCCACCAAGCAUGCCCAUGCUCCCUGAGAGCUGAUUGCUCUCUGAAGCGUAUUGGAGAUCUGGUAUGGAGGGAAUAAAGAAAGUAUAGUCUUAUUUUGACAGAAUACCUCCUUGUCGCACAGCGAAGUGGCAUCUACCCCAGGGGGUGUAGCCUGAGUUAGAAUGUGAGGUGACCUUGGUAAAACAGUGACAUUUACUCUUAAAAGUCCCUUAAACUGCCCGUAAUGUACAAUGAGUACUUGUGCUCAGGGAAGCUCAGUACAGCAAGUCAACCUUGAACCAAUAAACAGAUCACUGUU